GAGACUUGCUGUUGCAGUUAGCUGUUAAGCAAAGAACCAAUCUCAUCUCUGAAAAUGGUCACCAAGGUGUUUUUCUUCAUUGCUCUAUUUGGAGUUGCAUCCUCCACACUUCCAAGAACACGGACGUGUGACCCAGUGCAAGACGAGCCUAAGAAACCACCAUCUCAUUGCUCAAAUUACAUAAACAUUGAAUACCUUGAUGAGCAGAUGGAAAGAAUCGAGUAUGAACUGACAAAGAGGAUUCAUGCUGUGGAAAAAAAGACAAGAAACAUCGAUGAGCUCAAAGGAUUAGGUACAAAGCUACAGGAGUUAGAGUCACAUAUUGAGAGUGAAUUCCACAACACAAAGAAACAGCUGGAAGAAAGCCAAGAUGACAUUGCUGGCCUGAAGAGAGAAGUUCAAAAACUGGUCAAUCACAGGGAGAUAGUGGGAGGAAACCUCACUAAGAUCGAAGCGAGGCUUGACACAACUGAGAGGCAGCUGAGGGAAAAAAAAGCAAAGCUCGAAAAUCUGGAGACAGAAACUGAGACUGCAUUCAGUGACACACAGAAACUGUUGAAUCUGUACAAGAGUGAACUGUCCAACCUCAACACAACAGCCCAAGAGCUUGAAGUCAAAGUCGAAGCCCGGCUUGAUUCCUCAAGGGCUGAACUUGAAGCUAAACUGAAGAAAAUACAAACAGACAGUGAAGCUUUCAGCACAAAACUGAAAGAACAAAAAGAUGAAGUUGAGAAAUUUAAGGGAGAAGCUGACAAGAAGUUCAUGGAUGUUAAUGAACAGCUACAAACACAAAAAACGAGUCUGACCAAGCAGAAGGCUGAUGCUGAAACUCUAAGAGAUGAUGUUGCAGGAAUUACAAACCGACUGACGUCAGCUGAAGAAAAAGCUGAUGAACAAAAGACACUCAACUCAGAGGUGGAUAAACUUAAAGCAGCAGUCAAUACAAAGGUUGCAUUUUCUGCAACUAUAAUCGAAUCUAAAGAUGUGUUCACCGGACCCAAAACUGCCACCACCAGUAGUACUCUGAUCUUCAACAAAGUCUUCACAAAUGUUGGCAAUGCUUACAACAGUAAAACAGGUGUCUUCACUGCUCCAGUGAAAGGGGUUUACCACUUCUCCUUCAUGACUUUUGGCUACAACAGCUACACUUCAGGGGGCAUCUUGGUGAAAAACGGGCAUUAUCAAGUGAGCACCUGGGAAUUUACAGGACCAGAUACCAGCGACACCACCAGCAACACAGUAAUUCUUGAACUGAAUGUCAGAGACUGCAUCAACAUCAUCUUGUGGGAGGGUGGGAAAAUACAUACAGGUGUCUUUAGUGGGUUCCUCAUCUACCCAACAUUGUAGAUUUCUGACAGUGAACAAGAUUCUUUAUUCAUUUUUAUUCUCAACAAUUUCUCAUGUAAGGUGUGACUAUCCAGAGGUUGAAUGAAUUAUACCUUUGUAACAUUCAGACAAAAAUGUGUUGCUGGGCCUGGACCUUAAAAUAUAAAGUCAAUUUAGCACUUUAAUCCUGGAUUGUACCACACUUAUUAUAUCUAUCAGUACAGAAUCUAUAACGCUAGCCAUACAAACACACAGGCUUAAUGACUUCUCUGGAGAAGGAAGGCUGUGUUUGUUUCAUGAUUUAGGUGAAACUGAAGUGAUGUGAUGUAUAUAAUGAUUUAAGGACUACAUAUUUGUGGUAGGAUGAUUAUUUUGUAUUUUAGGAAGGGAGUAUUUCUGCGGCAGAUCAUUUUUACUUCUAUGUGAUUGAGACAAAUAAACAGCUUCUACACUUUAAAAUGUUUUAACAUCUGAAAAUAAUAUAUGAAACUCAGUCAUCCAUAAAAAUCCUUACAAAAACAACAAUAACUUUACAUUAAGUCUAUUGAAGAUACAUCAGUUUGUUAAAUGUAGCGUCAUUAUAUUAUUUGUAGACGAUUCUGUUUUUUAAACAUUCACAAUAAUAUGUCUGGAUCUAUGCAAAACUGAAUGAUUUUGUGAGAUUAUCAUAGUAUGUAUUUCUACUGCUUCCAAAAUAAAUAAAUAAAUAAAUCAAACA